UAUCAGGCAGUAUAUACAUAUGUAUAUAUAUAUUUUUUUUUUGGCAGACGUCCGACGUCGUUUGUCGACGGACGUCCGCGCCAGCGCGAGCAGGGCCUGAACUCUAAACUCGCGUUUACAUUUACAAAGAUUGUACGCGAUAAAGACAUAACCGUGAAACUUGGAUCUCGUCGUCAGUGUGUGUCCCUUAAUUAAUCGCGAUACGAACUCUCGAUAGCUCAGGGCGAGAGAAGCCGUAAUAUGGAUGCAUUAGAGAGAGCAUUUUGCAGAAAAUUUCAAGAAGCUGUUUAGGAUGAACAAAGGAUAUUCCAGUUGAAUGUUCUCAAAAUAUCAUUGUGAACAAUGAUAGAAUCAAAUCUUAUCACAUCUAUGGAUGACAUUUUGUAGCUAUUGAAACAUUUCAAAUCCUUUUAUAUUCAAUCCAGCAAUUGCCUAUUUGCAUUUGGACGUUAAGAAAUGCCAGCACCACCUCCACCUCUUUCAAACUUGCCAGAAGCACCUAUGUGUGAAAAGACAGAAGUCAAUGAUACCGAAUCUCUGCCUCCUUGGGCUAAAAUCACACUCACAUCCGCAGAAGCCGAAAUCGAAAAGCUGAUCUCACGAAAUGAGUUGAAAGAUGCAGAGGUAACUUACUUCUGUCAAGUAGAACCAAUUCUUCAAGACGGACCACAAUGUGGUUUGGUAGCACUUGCAAUGGCAUCGCAAGAAUACACAAAACCAGUUUCUGUGAGCCAGCUUCUUGCCGAAGCUCGCGUUCGAGGAUUCACGCAACACGGAGAAGUUUACAGCGUCGAUUUUAUGGGAACUUUAGCUGCGGAAUAUCUGCCCGAUCACAGACCAGAUAUUCUAGUAGAUUUACAACAAUGCCCAGAUACGUUAACUCAUGCUUUGGCGCAUGGAGCGAUGGUGCUGAUUCCGUACGAUUCAGACUUUAACCACGCUCCAUGUUUAAAGAGGGGCCAUAAAGCGCAUUGGGCGUUACUUGUGGGACUAAUUUCUUCUAGACAAGGAUAUCACGUUCUGGCGCGUCACGGUAAGUCACGUCACCUAGCUUGUUGGCCUUUACGCGAUUUGAUCGAGAGUAAUGGCAAUUUAGAGGAAGAAGGUACAGCGAGACACGCAGGAGGAUAUGUUAUACCAAAAGGUGGUGUCGGAGGCCAAAAGGGUUUACGUGGCAGAGCACUGGCAUUACAUCCAUACAUAUAGUUCCGUUGUCAAAAAAAAUUGUAGGUAAUUGAUAUAUCGUGCUAAAAAAAGAAAAAAAAGAUAAAAUUUACCGAUACAACAUUAUUCCGUAUUCGCAUGUGGUGAAGAUUUCGAAACAUAAUAUUUACGUACAUACACACACAUAGCUUCUGCAAGAAUCGACUAAUAAUUAUGUGUAAUACGCGAUGCUUUAAUUAAUAUGUACAUUUAAAUUCGCGCGAAAUAUUUCACGCAAUGUUAGUCACGUUAUCUACCAAAAAAAAAAGCGUUUGGCGGAAAUACGAUUCUAUAAGUGGCAUUAUUUUCACUUUAUUCGAAUUAUAUAUGAUGUAAAUAAGAAUUCCGGCAGGCCGAAAUAUGUGCACGCAAUCAAAUACGGACGAUCGUCUUGAUAUAGUAUUAUGUCCCUAUUAAAUCGAAAUGCAGAAGCGUACGCAUAUAUGGUAAGGCAGGUGAGACACGUAAAGAUGUUCAUAUAAGUAAAUAUAUACAUAUAUGUAUUAGUAAGAGCCGUUGUCGAAAGUCGUGACUCGGAUGAGAAGAUCUAAGUAUAUUUCUUUAAAUAGUACGAGUAGAGAUUUUCGAUAAUGAUUGUGAUUUCCGUCUUAUGUUGGUGCAAUAAAUAAAGACUAGAUCUAUUAUAUA